UUUGAUGUGAACAGCACGUGGGUAUCGCGAUCCAGACAGGACACUGAUGAGCCGCGCGAGGGGCGCGCUGGGGAAGCAGGAGCAGUCUCGAGAAACAGCGCGUCGGCUGAAGACGCGUGGGGACGUGCGCGUAAAGAACAUCGCCUCUGAGAUUAAUGGACUAAACAUGUAGUUGGACGUUAAAGGCGUGCUAUCCUCGGCUUGUUUCUCCCGUUCAAGAGUGGUGACACCGGUUCAGUGCAAAUAAUGAGCAUGUAAAAACGGACACUCAAGACGCCUCAGACAUGAGGGACCUGGGGACUCCAGUUACGGAUAAUUCCGUGAUUCUUUACUGAAUAAAACAUUCUGGGAUUAAAGCAAGAAAAAAAGGGAAUAAAAUGGAUUCGUACAAUUCCAGCGGAAUCGGAGCGUCCCCGAUUGUCCCUCCAAAUUCCACUAAUUCUGGGGAAAGUACAUACUCCUUGGCGACAGUAGCGGGUCUCGCCGCCCUUGUAAGCUUUCUUAUUGUAUUUACUGUUGUCGGGAACGUCUUGGUUGUAAUCGCUGUAUUAACGAGCAGAGCGUUAAAAGCGCCCCAGAACCUGUUUUUGGUUUCUUUAGCCAGUGCAGACAUUCUGGUGGCCACGCUGGUUAUGCCGUUUUCCCUGGCCAACGAACUUAUGGGCUAUUGGUUUUUCGGGAAAGUUUGGUGUGGUAUUUAUUUGGCGUUAGAUGUUCUGUUUUGCACUUCGUCUAUAGUCCACCUGUGUGCUAUCAGUUUAGAUAGAUACUGGUCUGUGACACAGGCAGUUGAAUAUAAUCUCAAGAGAACACCCAAAAGAGUGAAGUGCAUUAUAGUUAUAGUUUGGUUGAUAUCCGCGGUCAUAUCGUCACCGCCGUUAAUUUCAAUCGACGGUAAUAGCGAAAGCGGUGUUAACCCUCAGUGCGAACUGAACGACGAUACGUGGUACAUCCUCUCCUCCAGCAUAGCCUCCUUUUUCGCACCGUGCGUUAUUAUGAUACUAGUGUACAUCAGAAUUUACCAAGUAGCCAAAACCAGAACAAGACAAAUGUCAGAGAAAAGGCCAGGGACCGACGGUUCUCCUCAGACUGAGAACGGACUGAGCAAAGGCACCUCGUUAAAAGUGAACGAUGAAAAAGAGAACGGGCACUGCCUGUCAAACGAACAGAAAACGACAGAGAAGGAUGAGAUCGACUUAGAGGAGAGCAGCUCGUCAGACGGAAAGGGCAAAAAGCCCCGGGAUAAGGGCGGCAGGAAGGUCAGAAGGUCCAGCAGAAAGAAUAGCUCCCUGUCCAAAAACUCCAGUCGGAUUUCCAGAUCCAGCAACAGAUCGAUCGAUCUCUUUGCCUCCCGUCGGAAAAGGAGGAACCUAGCAUCCCGCAAGAAAGUCUCCCAGGCCCGAGAGAAGCGCUUUACCUUCGUGCUGGCCGUGGUGAUGGGGGUGUUUGUGGUCUGUUGGUUUCCCUUCUUCUUCAGUUACAGUCUUUACGGGGUGUGCAGGGAAGCCUGCCAAAUCCCGGACACCCUCUUCAAGUUCUUCUUUUGGAUUGGCUACUGUAACAGCUCCCUGAACCCGGUUAUUUACACAAUAUUCAACCAAGACUUUCGGAGAGCUUUCCAGAAAAUACUCUGCAAGACCUGGAAAAAAUCUUUUUAAAUCAGCUUGUGUUGCGAUCAAUGAUGUGGAUUUACAGGUUACGCCACUGAAAAACACUUGUUGUCAUUUUUACAUUUCCUUCGGCCUUGACAUAAUCAUAAUAAAACGACGGACAUACAAGACAUAUUUAUUAGGACUUGUUUAUGAUCAUUUGUGUUUUCUUGCACAGGUGUAAGGGUGGCUUUCACAGCGCCGCUACACUUUAACCCUGUAAAUGACCCGGUUGCUAACAAGCACAUCUAAAUGCCUGGAGGCGUGUUCGUAUUAUGGGACACUCCCAUUUCCUGCACACGGUUGUUUUUGUUUUUCAUGGCAUAACAAUUAUUAAUGUGCAAGGCUUUUUUGUUUGUUGUUAUUUUAGUUGGUUGAGAUGUUUGGAACCACAUUCUAACCAAAGCAAUGACAGCCUUUUUACCGAACUAAUGUAAAAAAGAAUGUAAAAGGCACCGGGGGACAUCGCUUUAUAUAGCACCAUAUGAAGUGCGUGUGUUCUCUUGCUGUGUCUGUGCAGUGUUAGUGGACAGCAGGGACUGCAGAUCUCUAGCAGCACGGAGGGCUCCAAUGUUUUUACUGUGCAGUUAAACAUGUUAUUUAUGUAGCAGGAAAGCUCAUUAUUUUGCACUGCAAUUUCUGACAUAAACUAUUUGACUAAUAAGUAUUUCACUGGGAAGUACAGGUAUCUCUAUUUAUGCACUGCUGUUCUGAUAUAUUUUCCUGUCUGUAAUUCUCAAGUAAAGGUUUUCAUGCUAUUAA